AGCAUGGGGGCGGUGGCUGCUCCGCUACGGCCGCCAUCACCAUCCGUCCCAUCCUAUAGUAAACUCCGAAGCAGCAGUCCCCAAUCUGUCUCCAUGUGUGUUAGUUAGGACCGUGUUUUACCGGUGCUUGCUACUCCAAGCUGGUAGUAACACCGACAUUUCUGCCUUGCCCGCUCUCUGCGAUGCCCUAGCAUCAGCUCCCGAUACCGUCGCACUUCCCUCGUUCCUUUCUUCUCUCCGUCUUUUUCCCCGCUAUUCUUUCCCACCGGCCUGUCUCCUUAAGUGUGUUUUGCUUCUGUGCGUCCGAGAACGCGUACGCGAAUGAAAAGAAUCGGUAGAGAAGAAGGAGAAGGCGGCGGUGGAGGAGGAGGAGGAGACGGCAAAAGAAGAGCAGCGUAUCGCUUUCUGCACGGCCCGUUUCCAAGGAUAUAACCGGUGCGCGCUCUCUUCCUCUAUUUUUCGAGGUUCCCUUCGUUUAUCCCGGUUCACGAGAAGUGUAUAGUGUGAUUAGUUGGGAAGUAGCCAGUGCACUACAUCGUAUAAUUCGUUCCUCGACAUAUACGCACGCCUUAUCCGCGUCGUCGGGCGAUCCCUUAAGACCGAACGAGAAGAACACAGAUCGACACGAGAGAUGAUCGUCAGGGAGGCUCUUUGUGCGGACAGGAAUUGAACCGCUCUUUCGGACGAGCGACGCGGAAUCGAACGAAUGUACAUGCAAAUGGGCCGUAUAUCGAGACGCGGCAAAGAAACGAGAUUUAUUACCCCUUUCGUUUGAAGAAUCCUUGGAGUCCUUGAAAUUCUCGCGAUCAUCCUCGGCUUGGCAUACCAGCAGCGGACGUCGAAAAUCCAACGAGCUUGAGACGCGUCCCACCCAAUCGGUCCUCUCGAAUCAUCGUCGUGGAAUCGUCACUUAUCGGACGAGGGGAACGAAGGAACGGACGAACUAUCCGUGGACCUCAGCGCUGCCGCCCGCUGGAAUUUCUCCUGUCGUCGUCUGCACAUAACCUCACUCCCUUGUCUCUUGGCCGCUCUCUCUUCUCCGUCUCUCGCCUCUCUAACCCUGUUAUCAUUCUGUCUCUUCUUCUCUGUCUUCCUCGUCCAAUACUUGGCUCGCUCGUCUAUUUCGCAUCGAAGAAGAAACGUGAUCAACAUUCCCGUGUUUCGUUGAACUCUACGUGCGCGCGAGUGACACGGCUGCUUUUAAUGUUCACCGCGGCGAGUGCACGUUCACCGGCGCGUGGAUAUCCGGAGUCCGAGAGUCGAUUGUCGGUGACCAAGAAGACGCAACGGUGAAACUUGUACGAUCACGGCACACGGUGUCCGAUCGUCGUUGCUCGUAACCAUUAAGCAAUCGAAGAAAAGGAACAAGAGAGCAACGAUGGUCAGCCGCGCACUGAAACGUCGCUGGACGUGAACUUCGUCUCGUCGUCCAACGCACAAGUACGCGACGCAUCGCGCGCUGGGCAUUUUCUCUAUCGCCCAAUUAAACAACCAUCGUUGCCACGAUCGAACGGUGUUGGGGUCCGUUGUUUCGUAUCGAUGCUCCCAAACGCGGGAACGAGCGUUUAUCGUUACUUCGUACCGACGACGUAUUUAUCGAACGAUUCGAAAGAGAAACGGGGAGGAAGAGUGCAACCAUGCGUCGCUGUACCUUGAAACGUCACAGAUCACGCUGGACGAACUCUUGAGCGGAAUCACGAGACGCGCUGCUGCGGCUGUCGAAGCAUUCAACCUGGCGGAUUCGUCGAAGAGACGCAAGACGUACCUCGGGGAGCACUGGCUCGCGCUCACGCGAAUAUGAGCAUGACUCUCGUCCGAAAUACGUUUAAAGGUUGCAGCGAGGACGAGGCAGCAGGUGUCGUGAACGCGGAGGUGGGCGGAGGUUGCGCGGCCGGGGCGCCAACCACAGGAAGUGCCACUGGAGGUGGUAGCGGGCCAGGUAGCGAAACUGGUGGUGGUGGUGGUGGUGGUGGUGGUGGUGGUGGCGGUGGUGGUGGUGGUGGUGGUGGUGGCGGAGCUAGAACAGGAGGCGGUGGUGGCCGCAGCGGCGGCGGUAAGGGCGGAUCGACGAAACAGGGUGGCGAGAGGUGUCCCCAGUGCGGCAUCCUCUGUCGGGACGUCCACAUCCUUCAGCUCCAUCUCGAGGACACGCACAAGACCACCUACGCCAUCGACAAGAACGAUCUCAACGCUCAAUUCCCCCAAGUGUCCUGCAAGGUGUGCAGCAAGACCUUUGCUAACGUCUACCGACUCCAGAGGCACAUGAUCAGCCAUGAUGAGAGUGCCGUGCUUCGUAAGUUUAAGUGUCCCCAUUGCGAGAAAGCCUUCAAGUUUAAGCAUCACCUCAAGGAACACCUCCGCAUCCAUAGCGGUGAAAAGCCAUUCCAAUGCAACAACUGCGGGAAACGUUUCUCUCAUUCGGGAUCGUACUCGAGCCACAUGACGUCCAAGAAGUGUCUGAUCGUGAACUUAAAGAAAUCCAGGCACACGAACGUGAGCAACGUGGAACGCGGCCCGAAAAAGGCGCAACAAUCUCUGCCGCCUGGACGACGCGAGGUCGAUCUUCUCGCGGCGAACAAUAACACUUUCCUCCCUAUUCUGCCCAAGCUUUCACCCUCGGAUUAUCAGGAGAUACAACGGGAAGGGGCGGGUAUUUACGAUAUGCCGACCCUUCUGCCUCAAAUAAUGGGCUUCGGUAGUUACUUCCUCCAAACGUCCCUGGGCAAGAUCCUAAAUCAGCUACAUUCCAAGAGAUUGGACGAAGUAGCCGAGCAAUUCGAGUCUCAUCGGGAACUUAUGAGCCCGUCGACCGCGGACUCCGAGGGAACGGAAGGCACGGAGGGCAAGGAAUCCCCGGCGCCCAGCGAUCCCCAAGGUUUGGACGCGGUUCGACGGAUCUUGGAAACGGUGAACACCUCGGUGACGAAGCAACUGUUGGAGGCGAACGUACGGAAACUGUCCACUUCACCGGCGACGACGAGACGCGAGUUCGACGAGGAUUAUCAAGAUCAAGACAGCGAGAUGUCUAGCGAGAUGACACACUGCCCGGACUGGUCAGCGACGGAUCAAUACGAUUCUCAGAGCGAAGGUUUAGCGGCGAAGUUGGAGGACGUGAAUCAACCGUCCACGAAAUCGGGCUACAAGAGGAAAGUCGAGGACAGCUCGGAGCCGGAGUUCGAGGACGAGGAGGACGGGUCGCAGACGCAUAACGAUAACGAAAGGAGAGUGAGAGCCAGGUCGUUGAUCGACGACGAGCAAUUGGCUGUCCUGAAGGGGUACUAUGCAAUUAAUCCACGGCCCAAAAAGGAGGAGAUCAUCAUGAUCGCGAAUUACAUCAACUUUCCCACCCGCGUCGUUCAGGUUUGGUUCCAAAAUUCCCGGGCGAGAGAUCGACGGGAGUCGAAGAUACCGGCCUUGGUACCGUUGAGUAAUCCAGUUAGUCAGACCGUCAUCGAGCAACCGCUUGAUUUGUCCAAGAAGGAAGCCCUCACACAGUCAACGUGCAAGGAAACCGACACCACCAGCCCGGCCAAAGUCGCGUCGUCGCCUCCGGGUGAACAGAAGAACGAUAAUCCGGACGCGGACGACCUGGAGGACUCGCCUCUCGUUAUAGACGAGGAAACCACCGACUCCGUGGAAACGAAACGCGUGGCUCCCGUCGCGAGCGAGACCGUUCCAAAGAGUCAACCUCAGGCAAACGUGAAGAACGAGAGCGACAACGCGAGUCAACCGGAGGCUCCGCCGGCGGCAGAUAUCGAGCAGGGUGUCUACUUCUGUGAUCGGUGUGACAAGACAUUCUCCAAGCACAGUUCCCUAGCUAGACACAAAUACGAACAUUCCGGGCAAAGGCCGUACAAAUGCGUGGAGUGCCCAAGGGCGUUCAAGCACAAGCAUCAUUUGACCGAACACAAGCGACUACACAGCGGCGAAAAGCCCUUCCAGUGCUCCAAGUGCCUAAAGCGCUUCUCUCACUCCGGCUCCUACAGCCAGCACAUGAAUCAUCGUUACUCUUACUGCAAACCGUAUAGAGAAUAGAAGUAUUCCGCUAGUUGAAAACAAACCAAGACUCGUUGGGCUUAAGUUAAGUAUGCAUUGGUCCUUUUCACUUCCACGGCAGGAUUCGUCGUUUUUAAGUUCGAAGAAAUAUAUACCUCGCGUUUCGCCGCGGGAACACGAUUACUUUGGGGGGGUGGGGGGGAUAGGGGGAGGGGGGUCAUAUAAAGAUCUAUAAUAAUGAUUUAUUCGCGGGCGCCAGUGAAAGAAAGAAUGGAAAAGAUUUCGACGAAUCCGCGCGGUCUGGCGCUGCGUGAAACGCGGCGACGAAGAAUUAGCCGAGGCAUAUAAAGUAAUAUAUUUAGCUGGACGCUCGAAGCCACGGAAACGGAAACGCCGGGCGGACGAAUGCGAUCUCGACGCGAUUACGGUGACCAAGGACGAGCGUUUGAGAAGAGAAGUGGCGAGGGACGAAAACGUUGUCCGACUUUCUUUUCAAAUCCGUUCUCGCGCCGCGGGAAAACGAAGAAACGAAAGAAAGAAAGAAAGAAAAAAAGAAAACCAAUUCGCGACGACCUCGAGUCGACGAGUAUAAACCAAACAAUACGCAACGGUACCAAAAAUGCAUAAUGCAAUAAUCUAUUAUAUAUUAUAUAUAAUAUACAUAAUAUUUUAGUAUUUUUAUUAACAAGAUUAUUAUAUAUACCAUGACAAUAAUAAGGAAACUAAUUAACGUACAAAUUUGUUAGCCACGUUCGCAACGGGGCACGCGAUAUUCUCAGUCGCGACGCGCAAACUGGCGAAGGGAUGUAUAAACGCGAUAUAACGGAGCUCGUUUUUUUUUCGAGAGUUUUGGGCGUGCAAUCGGAUAUUCGGACGAAUAGAAAACGAGACAGCGGCGGAUCAUGCAUUCGUAAAGGGCUUCUAAACCCAAAACGCGGUUUAGGAGCCCCGUUAGGAGUAGCCUUACAGUGAAAGAAGCAAAUGAAAAAAAAACUAAAAAAGAAGCAUAAAAGACUUACCGAUUAAAAGUACCUUUCGUUCUUCAGAGAUCGUUCGAUCGAAAUUCAAUUCUGAUCUUUUUUUUUUCUUCACGGUGUGAGGAUUCUGGAUGAUCCAUGGCCACCGAACGAAGAAUGCGUCUGAAACAUAAAUCGCCAAACAAGAGCUUAAAACGUAAAUUCCGAUGAUUCGCUGAGAACGAAAAUAUAAAACAAAAAAAAAAUAAGAACAAACUAGAAUCCUUAAAUUGUCCAGGCGUCUCUCGCGAUCGAGUGGUUUUUUUUUGCGCUCGAUCGAAACGAGAUUCGGCCGAGUUACGAUUCCACGUAGCGUCGAGGUGUUUCUGGGCCUUAUGUGUCGGUGAUCGAUGCCAUAAGAGUAUCUUUCGAUCAUUGUGUACUUACUUCGAAUUCCGAGUCGACGCAUCGUCGGCAUUCCCAUAACGUGGCAGGUGUUACGCGACAGAUUCAAAUUUCAGUUUAAACUCUAUCCAACAGUAGCUCUCAUUACAGUGCCAUAAUUUUCUAAUCGUGGAGUAGUUACCCAUACCCUGAAAACAAAAACAGUCACAUUGUUACUGAAGCGUUUAUUUUGUUCCUGUUGUAUCAGCAACGUAAACGAAGUGUCAUCCUUUUUUGUAAUUAAGGAAAUUGGUACUAAGUAGGAGGCCCGUGAAAUUUAUAUUGCAAUUGAAUCGCUGCGUAUCAUCGUUCACGACGAGAGAGAAAAAGAGUGACGCGUCCAAGAAAAGAAAA